AUCAGGACCUCUGGAGGAUAAAACUGUAACUAUUGUGUAUGGAACAGAAUUUACAAAUGUCAGCUUCAUCAACUUCUGUACAAUCAAGGUGGAGCUCGCUCAACUCUGGUGCCAUGAACUCUGGAAAUAUGUCAGGGCUCUGAAUCCCUUGUCGAUGACUGGAAGUCAGUGUCUUCUGAAAAUCCAUCGUCAACUUCUCCUCAGCUCAAGGGAGGACAAGAAGAUACCUGCGAAGGCUGUACAGAAAAUAUUUGCACAAAGCAAGGAGGACAGGAAGAUUGUAGAGAAGGCCCUGGAUCAGGCUGGUCUUCCUAGUGGUAAAACUGAUGAGAUUAAUAGAACUAGUUUUCAGUUUGAGAACUUUAAAGAGUUCUAUCUCAAGCUGGUUCAAAGGAAGGAAGUUAAACAGAUAUUUGAUACAAUAGCCAACACAGAUAAAACGGAAAGAUCAGAAACAACCAAAAAUGUGAUCAGAGUUAAGGAGUUUUUAGAUUUCUUGAACAAUCAGCAACGUGAUCCACGGUUAAAUGAGAUUCUACAUCCGUAUGCUACAGAAGAGAAGGCUCUUAAUAUUAUCAAGCGAUAUGAACCAAACAGCCAUCUGGCAUCUCUGGGAGAAAUAAGUUUUGAAGGUUUUCUCUGGUAUCUUCUCUCCGACGAAAACAACGUCAUUUCACAGGAUAAGUUGGAGAAGAAUGAAGAUAUGGACCAGUCUUUGGCGCAUUACUUUAUCAACUCCAGCCAUAACACUUACCUCACGGGACAUCAGAUCACAGGGCGCGCAAGUCGAGAAAUGUACCGGCAGGUUCUGCUGAGCGGAUGCCGGUGUAUUGAACUUGAUUUCUGGAACGGACAGAAGGAAGACGACGAGCCGCACAUUACUCAUGGAUACACUUUAGUCACUAAGUUGGCGGCUAAAAAAGUGUUGGAGACCAUUGCUACGUAUGCUUUCAAAACUACAGACUAUCCUCUCAUUCUUAGCUUUGAGAACCAUUGCAAUCCUAAGCAGCAAGCUAAACUUGCUAAAUAUUGCGAGGAAUAUUUUGGUGAUUUGAUGUUACAGGACCCACUACCUGACCAUCCACUGGAACGAGGUGUUCCACUCCCCUCUCCUAAUCAGCUGAAGGGAAAAAUAUUGAUCAAAAACAAGAAACAACAUCACGCCAUUCACAAACCCCUGGAACCUGUUUCUUCAAAGCCAGUGCCAAGUCCCUCCUCUCCAACUGCCCCCGAGAUUCCUGUUGAUCCAACCAACAACAACAAUAACAACAACAGUGAUAGUGAUAGCAGUGAUAGUGAUUCUGAUAGUGAAGAAGAAGAUAGUGAUACAUCAGAAAAAGCGCACAAGGAGAUAGUAACGUCUGAUGCAGGAACAGCAGGGAAAGAGAGCCAGGCUUCUGCUGAAAUUUCUGCUCUUGUAAAUUACGUUCAGCCAGUACACUUCAGAUCCUUCGAGGCUGCACAAAAGCGGCGAAAAGCAUUCGAGAUGAGCUCGUUUGUUGAGACGAGUGCUUCGACGCUGCUGAAGAAUGAUCCUGUAGAGUUUGUCAAGUACAAUAAGUUCCAGAUGUCCAGGGUGUACCCCAGGGGCACAAGGGUUGACAGCUCAAACUUUCUACCGCAUAUAUACUGGAAUGCCGGGUGUCAACUGGUGGCUUUAAACUACCAGACGUUGGAUGUUGCCAUGCAGCUCAAUCUAGGGAUCUUCCAAUUCAAUCAAAGAACAGGUUAUCUGCUGAAACCGCAUGUGAUGUGUCGUGAUGACGUGAAGUUAGAUCCGUUUACCCAAAGUUCAGUUGAUAACAUAGUUCCAGCCACACUCUCCAUUCAAAUCCUCUCCGGACAGUUCCUCACGGAUAAGCAUGUUGGCACAUUUGUAGAGGUUGAGAUGUAUGGUCUACCCUGUGAUAUUGUGAGAAGAGAGAAGAAGUUUAAAACUAGAACUUCUCUGAACGGUCUUAAUCCGACCUUUAGUGAGGAACCCUUCGUAUUCCGUCAAAUAAUCCUGCCAGACCUCGCGGUUCUAAGGAUAGCAGCAUACGAGGAGUCAGGGAACAAGCUCAUAGGACAUAGAGUUCUGCCUCUCAUAGGACUUUGUCCUGGCUACCGACAUAUUCCACUCUUCAACGAAUCAGGUCAGCCCCUCCACCUGCCAUGCCUGUUUGUGAAUAUAGAAGUGAAGGACUAUGUACCGACCAGAUAUAACGGGAUAGCAGAGGCUCUAGCCAACCCUAUCAAAUAUCAACAGGAUAUACUCACAGAGAGGGCACUAGCACUAGAAGCUCUGGAGGAUGAGAUUCCUCCUUUGUUUUCCAAUCAAGAUGGCGGCGAAUCUACCCCAGAGGGAUGCACUAGUCCCAGCAAAUCCACUUUAGAAAUGUUGAAGCGGACUGGGAGCAGUAAACCUGGGAAGGAUGGAUCUCCUCAGCUUGGUAGUCCGCACAGAACUAGCAGCAAUAAGAGCAUAGCUUCUAAAGGUGAUAAUGAUGAUAAUGAUGGUAAUGAUGGUAAUGAUGGUAAUGAUGGUAAUGAUGGUUAUGAUGGUUAUGAUGGUUAUGAUGGUUAUUGUGCCAUUUUCAAGGUCUAGGAUAGAACCAAGAAUACCAAUACCUUAGAUCCACAGGUAUUCAUACUAUUAACAUUAAGAUGGGCAUACAUCUUUCACCAGCGCACCUCGUUUAUACACUAGAGUCUUGCUUAAUCUUAUUUAUUUAGUCUAAAGAUACAGGAACAAGAGCUCUAAGCCGUGAAAAAAGUUGAUUAGGCCGGAGGUUAAUAGCUCUUUAGAUCUUAGCCAACAUAUCUCGUACACAACUAUUGUUAUCCCGACAGAGACUGGGGAAUAGAAGGUACAGGUAAGAUCAGCUUAAAAGUUACAGGACUUGAUCUAGCACUCAGGGUUGAUAGGGGAGAUAUCUUAUAAUUCAGCUUUAUCUUCAAGCUGUUGGGUUCGGAGAGAAGUGUAGUUCUACUUCAUCCAAGGAGAGAUGGCAGCUACGGCGGAGAGAUGGCAGCUACGGCGGAGAGAUGGUAGCAGCGGCGGAGAGAUGGCAGCUACUGCAGGUUUGUGAUGACGAGGAUCUGAGCAGCAA